AUUUUCAUAAAAUAUACUGUUGGUGGUAUAGCCACAACAGCUAAAAGCAAAAUGUGGAUUCUCAUCUCUCUUGCUGUUGUUUGCCUAACAUCGGGGUUUGAAUUUGAUGUUCGAAUGCCCAAUGUCAAACCUCAGGAGAGAGAUACAUAUCUGUGUAAACAGAUAAAAAUGGGUGAAUUAACCGAGUACAUUACCAAGUUUAGACCGCAUGCUAAGGCAGCUACCGCUCACCAUAUGUUACUCUAUUCUUGCAUUGAACCAGGAAGCGAUGAAGAAGUUUGGGAUUGUGGCGAAAUGAUGCAGAGAAAGAGUACGCAUUACAACAAGGCUCCCGUUUGUCAAUCGGGAUCAAAGAUCAUAUAUGCUUGGGCAAUGAAUGCAGGAGACUUGAAAUUACCGAACGAUGUUUCUUUUGCGGUAGGUGGAAAUACAGAAUCUAAAUAUUUAGUACUACAAGUUCAUUAUAAGAGCGUUGAAAAAUUCUUAAGUGGUAAAUAUGGAGAUAAUUCCGGUAUAAUAAUAGAAGCUUCUCCAGUCCCAACAAAUCAUCUGGCUGGAGUCUAUCUUAUGGGUACAGGUGGAGAAAUUAAACCUCAUUCUAUCACUUAUAUGGAGACCGCUUGCUUAUACAAGGAACCUGAAAAUGUUGUCAUGUAUCCUUUUGCUUAUAGAGUCCAUGCCCACACACAUGGUAGAGUUGUUUCCGGUUAUCGAAUUCGGAAUGGCAUUUGGACUGAAAUAGGACGUAUGGAUCCGCGCCAAGAGGAGAUGUUCUACAAUAUUUCAAGUCCUAGAAUGACAAUUAAGAGAGGAGAUGUAUUGGCUGCAAGAUGUACAAUGGAAAACUUGGAUAAUGAUAAAACUGUUAGAAUCGGCAUGACACAGGAUGAUGAAAUGUGCAACUUUUAUAUCAUGUAUUACUUAAAUGCAAAUCAAAAAUUAUCCAGUGACAACUGCUGGACUCCCGGCCCACCAAAUUACUAUUGGAAUUUCCCCGCAGCUGAUGCCGUUCCCGAGUCUGCCAGCACUCAUCCAAAGACCAAGCAACAUUAUUCAUCGAAUUAA